AUGUUUGAGGAACAAAAUCGCAAAAAAAAUUUUAUAUUAGAAUUUCUGGAUGUUUAUCGCAGUCUUCCGGCAUUAUGGGAUUCGAAUUGUAACGAUUAUAAAAACUUAAAUAUUAAAAAUGCUCAAUAUGACAAAUUAUUAUUAAAAUAUCAGGAAAAAUAUCCAAAAGCAACUAAAAGGUGUCUAUCGAAGAAAAUUAGUAUUUUACGUAUAAACUACAGACGUGAAGUGAGGCGUAGAAGAGAAUUGGAAAAAAGCGGCAAAAAAGUAGAUGAUUCUGAAGGAAAUUUGUAUUACUUCAGUAAAUUGGAUUUUAUUAGAGAUAUUAAACCUCCUUGCUAUGCGAAUAGUACCAAUAAACAUAAUCGCAUACAUCGCAUACGACAGCACCCACAACAACCAACAGACCCUAAAGAAAAGAUGGAUUUAAUGGAAAAAAAACAUAAAAUAAUUUUAGCUUUAAAAGCACACUUGAGUAAAUCUUCAAAUGAUAAUCUCAAUAAAACUUCUGACACCUUAUAUAGAUUGUCUAUUGAUAACUUAAAUGAAUCUUCAAAUGAUUAUUUGAGCUUUAGUGCAGACAAUAAAAGAGAAGCAAUUACUGUUUUAAAUGAAUCAUCGAGUGAUUGCUUGGAUUUUAUUAGAGAUGAUAAAGGGAAUUCAAAUGAAACAUUGAGUGAUUAUUUGGAUUUUACUAUAGAUAUUAAAGAAGAACCGAUAUAACAGUAAAUUGCUUGGAUUUUACUAGAGAUGAUAAAGGGGAAUCAUU